UAUAUACAUUUUUUUAAUGGCAAUCAUUUCGAUUAUGUCAAAUUAUAUUUUGAAGAUAAGAUUUUAGAAAUCGAAAAAUAAAAAAUUGAAUUUUACAAAAUAAAUAAAAAUGUUAUUUCGACAAUACAUUAAAAUUGCACGUGCUUCAAAAUCGCUGUUGUACAAUAAUUAUAUGCUGGAUAGAAACCGUUUAUUAAGUCCUUGUUUAUAUAAUUCUUGUAAUAUUCGAGCGACUAGACCGCUAUCAACAAAUUCGUGUUUAAGUUAUGCUGAAAAAAAAUUAGAAGUACGACAUUCCCCUAAGAUAUCCCAGAACACGUUAGUUGAAGAUAAAGUUAACAAACCGGCUAUAUCUUCAGAAGAAGUACUUGAAAAAUACAUUGCAGCGUUAAACACAGAUAUAUUCCAAAAGAAUAGAGUGUAUAAGAAUGACUUAGUAAGAGUACUAACUAAAGUGAAAGAAUUGAACUUUUCAACCAAGAAGCAAGGCUUGCUUUUGAUUCGAUGUUGCAGUGAUUUAUUGCCAGAUGAAUCGGCAUCGAGCAGGAUGGAGUUGCUUGAACAAGUUUGGACUACCAUACAGUCUCACACAAAGUUUGAAGUUGAACAUUACAAUGAACUCUUGAAGGUAUACAUAGCAAACAAUAGGACUAUUACAGUUAGCAACUUUAUUAAUCAGAUGACACCAGCUAAACCCACCAUGACAACUUAUGAACUUAUACUAAGAGCCCUUGGAGAGGCUGGUGAUCUGAACCAAGCGACAGAGGUGAUAUCCAACAUGAAGGCCCAAGGGCUGCCAGCUACUGAAAGUAUAUUCAAUUCUCUUAUUGUUUGCCAAGGAAAGGCAGGUAACGUCAAAAACAUAAAAGAAGUAUUGACGAUGAUGCGGUCUCUCAAUGUUAGUCCUUCAAUUGACACAUACACAGCCACCGCUAGGGCUCUAGCAUGGAACAAGAAGUCUAAAGCUGUUAUAGAGGAAAUGGAUGCUGCAGUAAAGAACGGGUUACAAUUCACUGAAGCUCACAUUAUGGAAAUUGUAAAGACUUUGGCUGUCGUUGGAUUAUAUCAGCCAAUACCAAAGGUUCUAAAUUACUUACCACAAGAAAUUUUGAAGUCUCCAUCAAUAACUCCGUUGAUGCAAAGUGUUACUACUCUACUUGUGUUCCAAAAUCAUCCACUGGCUGCGUUGGAAAUUUAUAAAUGCCUACCUUUACCCUCGUUUGGACCAAAGGAUGAUCAGGGCUUGCAUGGCCGGAGUUUGGUGCGAGACUGUGUGAAGGCUUCUAUGCCGUCAAGCAUAAUAGGCCUAAUAACGCAAGAGCUGAUGUCAUCGGGUCGUAAUCCGAUAGCUUUACAAAAUGCUUGUGAAGCUGCCCUACAGUUGGGCAAAGUCCCUUUAGCAUUGGACUUAAUGACUAGGAUGAAACAACUUGGGAUAACACUCCGGUCACAUUACUUCUGGCCCAUUUUACUUCAUAACUCGAAGACUUAUGGCGAAAAAGGUAUAAUGAACGCUCUAACAACAAUGGUACAGAUGGACGUCAAGCCAGACUACGACACCAUAAUGGACUACACCCUACCAUACGUCAGCUUCACAUCACCACAGAAUUUAAUGAAGAAAUUCAUUGAAACUGGACUUACAGUAUCGACUGUCUUGACGCCGAUGAUGCAGACUUUGUUGAAUACUGGACAAGUUAGAGCGGCUAGUGAAUUGUGCGAACUCUUUCAAGGGAAAGUUGACACAGAAAAACUGUUGAAACCUCUUCUAAAGGGUUACCUCAUCAGCACAGACGUUACUGCUACCAUACAUACUCUCGAAGACAUAUCAGCCAGGUCCAUUGAGAAGAACAAAGACUGGGUCGGCAGGUUCCUAUGCAAGUUUAUGGUACAUCCGAAAGUGAAUAGUGAUAUCACUGAUGUUUUAAAUUUGUUAAAGGAUCUAGAAAAGAGCUCGCUAAAGAUCUCCACAGUAGCCGCAGACUUCUGCCUGUCCCGUUAUCCUGAUAAGUUUGGGAAUGCCGUGGCAGAUCGGUUUCGUGACAAAAUCAUUGCAUUGACGGAUGAACGGCUAGUAGAUGACGGUGAUAUAUUCGAUCAACAGUUACCGCAUCCUAAACAAAUGAACGAGGAGAAUUUGCGCGCUCACUUGUCGGAGUUGGAAGCUAAGGGCAUGAACACCAGAGGUACACUCAGGAAGCUACUGCAGCAAUACUGCAGAGAUGGAAAUCUGCAUGCAGCCAGGGAUAUUGCUGCCAAGUGUCAGAAGGAAGGGGUAUUCCUGUCUGCUGGUAUGAAAGCGGCGAUAUUCGAUCUUCACGUCAAGCUCGGUGAGCUGGACCUCGCUGAGAUAGCACUAGCGGACCUCAACAAGACCUCACCUAACUUCACACUGGACGAGUAUAAAGUUAUAGACUUUGCCACUCUCAUGGUCUACAGAAAGAAGAUUGGCCAGGCAUUCGAUUUGAUUACCCAGCAGUCUAAAAAGAGAAACGUUAUAGGCGGGCGAGGCAUAGCAAUGAAUUGUUGGCGACUCCUCGACGCGACGGCAGCCCAAGGUUCUCACGUAGAAGUUAGAAAAAUGUUCGACCUACUAGUCGAUAAUAAGUACUGUAAGCCUAGUAACAUCAUGCUGGGACCGUUAAUACGAGUGCACUUGAAAAAUGAUAAUUUACAAGAAGCAGUGAACGAGUUCGUAGCUCUAGCUAAUAAAUACAAUAAAACACCAUUGAAACACGAGUUACUUUGCAAAAUACUUCAUACGAUGAGCGACGGCCAAUCAGAGGAGAACUUCUUGACCAAUGAGAAGAGCAAUGGACGAUUGAACAAGUUGGCACAGAUAGUACUCAAUAUUGACAAGAAGGUCCAUGGUCCGGGUGAUGUACAGCUGACAAUAAUAUCAGCGUUAGCAGAAGUAGGUUACAAGAAGACGCUUCGCAAAAUAUUCCUAGACCCAACAAUAAAGAUUCACCCGGACGCCAUAAUGAGGCGCUGUGAGCGGUUCGCUGACGAGAAGAAAGUGAAAGCCUUGGAAGUAAUCGCUGAGUGCGCGAGGGAUUUGAGACGGGUGGACGUUAUAGAGAUCUAUGACUUAAUGCUGGAUGUUCAUCAACGCGAUGACAACUGCACAGAAGCAUUAGCACUCUGGACGAGAAUGCAAGAUCAAGAUAUUACGCCAUCACAGAAAUUUGUACAUACUUUAAUAACUAUGAUUAAAUCGAACAAUAGAGACGUUCCAGCAGGAUUAGCUAUGUUACUCAAUAAAGAAAAGAAGAAUGCAUUGAAAGACUGAGGUUUUUAAUGUUGCUGUCUGGUUAGCUUUAUGUAACAGAUCAAUUUUAAAUAUAGAACGUGAUUUGUAUGAAUCGAGCUCUUUGGUGAAGUAAAAAAGGCCGUUAAUGUUACAUAUUUAU